UCGCAAGUCACACAGUGUUAUUUUCACCUCAUUCUAGUAGUUAGAACCGUGCCACCGGGUCAAGCCUGGGCUCAAGGAGAGAGAGCACAGACUUCGUCUUUGGAUGGGAAGAGCAUCAGUGAGUGUGUACAUCUGUUUUAAGAUCACCACGUCGUUGUGUGACAUCCAUGUAGAUGUGUUCAGAGGUGAAACGUUCCCAAUAGAAAGGUGGGCCAAAUGUCAACGUUCAGGAAACCUGAACUUUGUGUGACGACCAUGGAGGAACUGAAGCAAGACAGAAGCAGGCUGGGACCGUGACCCUUCCAGGUGUGAAUUAAGAAACAGGUCUGCUGAAGACAGAGCCAGUGGCCGAGGAAGGAGAGGAUGCGGUCACCAUGCUCAGUGCCCCGGAGAACCUGUCAGAGGAGGAGCAAGAAGAGCUGAGACGGGAACUUGCUAAGGUGGAAGAAGAAAUCCAGACUCUGUCUCAAGUGUUGGCAGCAAAGGAGAGACAUCUUGCAGACAUCAAGCGGAAACUUGGGAUCAGCUCACUUCAGGAAUUCAAGCAGAAUAUCGCCAAAGGGUGGCAAGACGUGACCGCGACCACUGCAUACAGGAAGACAUCUGAAACCUUAACUCAGGCUGGACAGAAGGCUUCUGCUGCAUUUUCAUCGGUUGGCUCAGUCAUCACCAAAAAGCUGGAAGAUGUAAAAAACUCCCCAACUUUCAAGUCAUUUGAAGAAAAGGUUGAAAACUUAAAGUCUAAAGUAGGCGGAACCAAGCCUGCUGGUGGUGAUUUUGGAGAAGUCCUGAAUUCCACAGCAAGCGCUACCAGUGCCAUGUCCACGGAGACACCUCUGGAGCCGACGGAGGAGAGUCCCUGAGUUGCUGACCUGUGUUCUGCUGCCCACUGCCAGGUGCUGCAAGUGAGAUCCAAGCACAUCUUGUUCAUGGCUGCAGAUUUCGACCAGAUGUGCUUUUAUUUAGCUUUACUUAUUUCUUUGACCAAAUAGUUUGUGAAUUAAACAAGUGAAAGCACUUUCACCUCCA